AUGUCGGAUAGAACAAAGCGCGCAGACAGGCUUGCUGCUCUUGCAGAACUAAAACGAACUCGCGAAGGAGGCACGCGCAAGUGGAAGGCUCAGGAGGAUGUGGAUAUCUAUGAUGAGGUCACUGAGGAUCAGUAUAAGAGCAUCGUUCGGGGAAGAUUGCAGAAGGAUGACUUUGUCGUGGACGAUGGCGUGAGCGGUUAUAUGGACAAUGGGAUGGAUGACUGGACGGGUGCUGAGAAAGACGAGGAAGAAGAAGAAGACUCUGAUGAGUACGAGACGAAGAAGAAGAAGAACAAGGUGAAGAAGGGCAAGGAUGCUGCAGCAAAGCCUAAAGCAAAGCCGAAAGCACCACCACCCACAGUCAAGCCCUCUAUCAGCGUGUAUCGCCCAGCUGUCUCGGCAGAGCAGGAAGAAGACUUCAUGACAAAUCUCCUUGGAGGUCUAGAUGCCGUCCCAGCCCCAGCUCUAAGGAGGCCAAAAAAACGCAAGCCAUCUCCGUUAUCAGAUCACGAAGACCUAAACGGCGAUUCUUCUGAUGUUCCCGUGGAUGAUGCUGUAUUCAAUCUGCCAUCAAGUGAUUUCGAAGACGACUUUUCGACCAUGAUGAGCCCUAAGAAGAAGCCACGCGUGGCAAGUGGUGCAAUCACUCCCGCAAUCGAGCGAAUGGGCAAGCUGGGUGUUCAUAGCGGAUCGGAAGACGGUUUUGACAACUCAAUGGACUUUGAGGACAUGGAUAUGGAUGCUUUUAUGGAUGUCGAUGACGAAGAUCUUGAUAUCAAGCCCGCCAAUGCGAAGAAGUCUAUUCUCGAUGGCUUGGAAACUAAACCCAAAGUUAACGUUGCCUCAGCAACAACCAAAUCGGAGCCGCCCUCAGCGCCAACCUGGCUCUCUGUCUACGACUCCCUUGCCGUCACUUCUGAUGAAACACUAGGCUCUGGCUCUUCCUCGUCAACUUCAAAAUCCUCUGUUGACGCUCUCGAGCCUGAUGGCACUCUCCGCUUCUUCUGGCUAGACUGUCUCGAGCACAAUGGUAAACUCUUCCUCACUGGUAAAGUCAAGGACAAAACCUCCUCAACCUGGGCCUCCGCAUGCCUCGCAAUCGAGGGACUCCAGCGCAAUUUGUUCCUGCUCCCACGUCCGCUACGCGUCGAGCAAGAGGAGACCGAAGAAGGCGAGUAUGCCAUGCACGAGACUGACGUCGUACCUAGUAAAUCGGAUAUAUACGAAGAUUUCGAGCGGAUACGGAAGAAACUGGGUAUCAAGGGGUGGAAGGGGAGAUGGGUGCGGAGAAACCACGCAUUUGAUGAGAAGGACAUACCGAAGGAGGGUGAAUGGAUGAAAGUUUUGUACUCUUUUGAAGAGCCCCAAGUCCCUAUGAAUGCCUGCUCGCCUAAUAUUGCUCGUAUAUUAGGUACGAACACGAGCGCGUUUGAGCUUUUCGUGCUCAAGCGUAAGAUCAUGGGCCCAUGCUGGCUUACCAUAACUAAUGCAGUUGUCGAGAACAAGGGCAUCUCGUGGUGCAAACUCGAAGCCACCGUCUCAAACCCCAAGGACGUGACACCCAUGGGAGACGGCGCUGCAGAGCCUCCCCCUCUAACAAUAAUGAGUCUCGCAGUACGCACAGUCGUUAAUCACCGCGAGAACAAGCGGGAAGUUGUCUGUGCCACCGGUCGCAUAUGGCAAGAUGUCCAACUUGAUGAUCCUACACCCCCUGAGCAGCUCCCAUGUUCUGCGCACACGCUCGUCCGUCCACUCGACCGCUUCCCCGCGAAAUUCGAAGCCCAAGCGCGAGCAAAUGGCAAGGGUAUGAUCUCGCCGAUGAAGAACGAGCGGAUGCUCCUUAACAGCUUGCUUGUCACGCUGCACAAAGCAGAUCCCGAUGUCAUUGUCGGUCACGAUUUCCUCGGCGUCUCCCUUGAUGUCCUCCUUGGCAGAAUGAAGGACCUCAAGGCGGAGCAUUGGUCUCGCCUUGGACGGUUCAGGCGCUCGAAGUGGCCCCCCAUCGGACGGCAGGGCACAAACAUGCGCUUUUUGACUGGGCGCCUGCUCUGUGACCUUGCCAGCGACGGCGCACGGAGUAUGAUCGCCUCGACGACAUGGUCCCUCACCGAGAUGUGUAAAACUCAUCUCAAGUCUGACAGGCAGGACAUCGACCCAGAUGACACAGCAGCGUACUUCGAUGGCACCGUGUCGUCCCCAGACAUGCUUAUGACGUUCGUGCGACACUGUGAGCUCGACGCUCAUUACCAAAUGGCCAUCGCAUCGAAGGUUCAGAUCCUGCCUUUGACAAGGCAGCUCACAAAUCUUGCAGGCAAUGCAUGGAACAAGACGCUGAACGGUGGUCGGGCUGAGCGGAACGAGUAUAUUCUUCUGCACGAGUUCCAUCGUCUGAAGUACAUCUGUCCUGACAAGACUUACGGCAAGAAAGCGCCAAAAGCAGAGCCUGAAGCAGACGAUGCGGACGGCGAGGGUGGUGGUGGUGGUGGUGGUGGUGGCGGCGGCGGCAAGUCGAGCAAAGGCAAACGGGACAAAUUCAAGGGUGGUCUCGUGUUCGAGCCAAAACGUGGGCUUUGGGACAAGUAUAUCCUCGUGAUGGAUUUCAACUCGCUGUAUCCGAGUAUCAUCCAGGAGUAUAAUAUUGACUUCACCACCGUCGAGCGCUCGCUGGAGGAUGAUGAUGACGAUAAAAUACCAGACCCACCGCCACCUGAGGUGCCUCAGGGCGUCCUUCCACGACUUAUCGCGACCCUCGUCAACCGACGGCGUCAGGUGAAGUCACUGAUGAAGGAUCGUUCGAUAUCGCACGCCAAACUACUGCAGUAUGACAUCAAGCAACAAGCACUGAAACUGACAGCGAAUAGUAUGUACGGCUGUCUUGGUUUCGAAUACUCGCGAUUCUACGCCAAGCCCCUGGCUGCCCUAACCACUUUCAAGGGUCGUGAGAUCCUGACGCACACCAGAGAGCUUGCCGAGAGCUUACAACUAGACGUCGUCUACGGCGACACUGACUCGGUCUUCGUGAACUCCAACGUGACAGAGCUUUCCGAAGCGCUGAAAAUCUCUGCCGAGUUCAAGAAAGCUGUCAACGACCGAUAUAAGCUUCUCGAGAUUGAUCUUGACGGCGUCUUUGCGCGACUAUUGCUGCUGCAGAAAAAGAAAUAUGCAGCUUUGAAGGUGGAAGAGGGAUCACGGACGUCCACAGAAGUUAAAGGUCUAGAUAUGAAGCGCCGAGAAUACUGCGCUUUAUCUAAGAGCGUUUCCCAAUACGUUUUGGACCAAAUCUUGUCCGGCGAACCGACGGAGGUUGUGGUAGAGAACAUUCAUGAGUAUCUAACCACCAUCGGCGAAAAUGUUCGUGGAGGAAAGAUCAAACUGGAGGACUUCAUUGUAUUCAAGCGCCUAGGCAAGAACCCAGAGGACUACCCCGAUGCUAAAUCUCAACCUCACGUACAAGUCGCUUUGAGGUUGAAAGCAAAAGGUGGAAGCGCCCGCAACGGCGACGUUAUACCUUAUGUGUUCUGCGUCGCGCCUGGUGAAGAGACCGUGAAGACCGCUCAAGCAGAUCGUGCCAAGCAUCCAGACGAGAUCAAGAAGGCUGCAGGAGAACUCGUCGUGGACUAUGAACACUACCUUGCGAACCAGGUCCUGCCGCCCAUUGAGCGACUAUGUGAGCCUAUCGAAGGAACAGACAGGGCACGGUUGGCUGAGUGUCUUGGACUGGACCCGGGACGUUAUCGCCUUAGUGGAAGCACGCAGGCUGGGUCAGCACUCACAUCCCUAGACUCCCUUGUCUCUGAGGCAGAACGGUACCGCGACGUGGCUCCGUUCCUGGUACGCUGCCGCGGAUGUGCUGGACAGAUGGCAUUUUCCCCGGUCUACGAUCGAGAUGCGUCGAUCCUAUUGCCAUCGGGGCCGACUUGUCCCGCAUGCAGCUCACCGCUGGGUUCGGCGAGCCUACAGACGCAAUUAGAGGUGCAGAUUCGGUCAUUUGUGGCCAAGUACUACGAAGGGUGGGUUGUCUGCGAGGAUCCGGCGUGUGGGUAUGAGACGCGGUCGAUGGGGAUGUAUGGCUGGCGGUGCGGAGCGCCGGGAGGCUGCAAAGGUAGAGUUCAGUUCAAGUAUGGGGACACCGAGUUGUACACCCAGCUCCGGUAUUUUGCGACGCUGUUUGACAUUGAGAAGAUCGUCAAGGCAGCACAGGGCAGCGCGAGAAAGGAGGAAAUCGACGCUGUUGCAUCAAAUAAUGACCCAUUCCUCAGAGCGAUGUCGAAGACGGUGGACAAGUAUAUGGAACAAUGUGGGCGAUGCUGGGUGAAUCUUGGAGCGUUGUUCUCUAGCAUGAACCUCUAA